UCGCUCUUCUGAAUUUUUUUGUUCAAAUUGAUUAUUAAUUAUUGAAUUUUCUGCAUAUCCAUAUGGAUUCGAUUCUUGUCGCCGAUUCUCGAACUGUUUGUCCACGCUCAAGCAUAAUUCCCCCAGCUCAUUUCAAGAAUUUGCCCUGCAUCCUCGCAUACUUCAGCCGGCCAGUUUUCAGAAUGUCCGUUGUUGCUUAUACUUCCGCAUCACCCUGCCGACGGCGCCAACUGUCUGAACUUCGCCGGAAAGCCGCAUUUUCUUCCUUUGAGACAGCCGGAACAACCAAUUCCGUGCCCCCACAAGAAGGGAUGUAUGUCGUCGGUGAUUUUAUGACAAGAAAAGAGGAUUUGCAUGUUGUAAAACCUUCGAAUACUGUUGAUGAAGCAUUGGAGAUGCUAGUGGAGAAAAGAAUUACAGGAUUUCCUGUGAUCGACGAUGACUGGAAGUUGGUUGGUGUUGUUUCCGACUAUGACUUGUUAGCACUCGACUCCAUCUCAGGCGGUGGUCAACCUGACACAAGUAUGUUUCCCGAUGUCGACAGUACUUGGAAAACAUUUAAUGAGAUUCAGAAGCUACUCAGCAAAACUAAUGGGCAGGUCGUUGGCGACCUUAUGACCCCUGCUCCCCUUGUUGUUCAUGAGAACUCAAACCUCGAGGAUGCUGCGAGAUUAUUGCUGAAAACCAAAUAUCGCCGGCUGCCGGUUGUGGACAGCAAUGGCAAACUGGUUGGCAUUAUCACACGGGGAAAUGUGGUUAGAGCUGCCCUACAAAUAAAGCGUGCUAGCGGCACGCUAUAAAUUCUGGACCAAGAAAGUAGUAUCAUGGCAAAUCAAUUUCGGCAUCAUAUGAAAUGUGCGAUAUGGUUCUUCAGCUUCUUGGUUGGUCCAGUUAUAGUAUAAGGUAAAAAUUAUUCCGUGAUUUCUCUCGCAAGAGUUCCUAUUGGGCAAUCCAAUUCACUGUUUGGAUUUUAAGUUGUUUAGGAGGCCCCAUGACUCGGAACUUUAUUCUUAUGCAAGCUCGUGCCUAUAAAGUUAGUAGUUAUAAGUGUACUUAUUUUGCAUUUGUUAGAAUAUAGAAAUUCUAGCUGAGAUAUUGGAGAUCUGCCUCUUAUCACUACGAAAGUUUACUGAGAACGAUCUCUCUCCAAGGCCUCCCGUGAGCGCCCUUAUAGCGAGUUUAAUGAGCCUCUAUGUAUUUGACCGUCUAAUUUUACUCUUUAGUUCUUCAAACUUUGUUAUGGAGGUGAGUUUCUUGUUCAGUUUUCA